CUCCUCCUCCACACGCAGGGCCAGAGCAUGCGUACCCAACAAGCUCUCCCCUCCUGUGACUCUCUCCCGCAGGUGCCUGUGGGCGGGCUCGUGCAUGGACAGCCCCAGCAAUGCCACCGUGCCCUGCGGCUUUCUCCUUCAAGGCUUCUCCGAGUUCCCGCACCUGAGACCCGUGCUCUUCCUUUUGCUGCUGGGGGUGCACCUGGCCACCCUGGGCGGGAACCUACUCAUCCUGGUGGCCGUGGCCUCGAUGCCCAGCCGGCAGCCCAUGCUGCUCUUCCUGUGCCAGCUGUCAGCCAUCGAGCUCUGCUACACGCUGGUGGUCGUGCCCCGCUCCCUGGUCGACCUGAGCACGCCUCCGGGCCACCGCAGGGGCAGCCCCAUCUCCUUCCUGGGCUGCGCCUUUCAGAUGCAGAUGUUUGUGGCUCUGGGCGGGGCCGAGUGCUUCCUGCUGGCCGCCAUGGCCUAUGACCGCUACGUGGCCAUCUGCCACCCGCUGCGCUACGCGGCAGUGGUGACCCCCGGGCUGUGCGCGCGACUGGCUCUGGCCUGCUGCCUCGGGGGACUGGCGGUGUCCGUGGGGCUCACGGUGGCCGUCUUCCACCUGCCUUUCUGUGGCUCCCGCCUGCUGGUGCACUUCUUCUGCGACAUCACGGCGCUGCUGCACCUGGCCUGCACGCGGAGCUACGCCGACGAGCUGCCCCUGCUGGGCGCCUGCCUGGUGCUGCUGCUGCUGCCCUCGGUGCUCAUCCUGGCCUCCUACGGCGCCAUCGCCGCUGCCCUGCGCCGCCUGCGCUGCCCUGAAGGCCGGGGCAAGGCCGCCUCCACCUGCGCCUCGCAUCUGACAGUCACCUUCCUGCACUACGGCUGCGCCACCUUCAUGUACGUGCGGCCCAGAGCCAGCUACUCCCCGCGCCUGGACCGCACCCUGGCGCUGGUCUACACCAACGUCACGCCGCUGCUGUACCCGCUCAUCUACAGCCUGCGCAACCGCGAGAUCACCGCCGCCCUGCACAGGGUGCUGGGGCGCCAGCGGCCAGGCCAAGCCCCAAGCGAGGAUCUUGGCGAGCUCUGAAUACAGGCCCGGACCAGGCAGAGGGGGCGGCUCCGCUCUGUAGUUUUCUCCAUCAUGAGGGGUCUGCAUGGGGAAAGUCACCAACGGGACUCAAGGACUGCAUUCAGGAAAGAGUUCGGAAAUGUCACAAGGACAGCCUCCCAGCUGUUGCCCCAUCCUCCACUCUUCCCUUGAAUUGCCAAGACAUUGUGGCCUAGAGCCCGAGACCUGGGUUUAGUGGCUCCCUAAAUACUUGCUGAGUUUCUUCCUGUGUACUGGAGCCCGUGCAAGGUGCGGGGCUGGUGGUGAUAAAGAUGGCACAGCUCCUGGCCUCAUGAGGCUCCUAGACCCAUAGGUGAGAAGGCCAGAUGUGAGGAGUAAACCAGAGAUGGGUGGACUGGCUCAUAAGACACGUUACCCCUGCUAGCCUUUUUGAGGCUGAGGGGAGUCAGGGGAAGUAUUUUAGGGAGAAAGACAGCUACGCGGAGAACUGUAAGAUAAGUAGGGGUUAACCAGGUGAAGAGAAGGAGGCAGAAUGCUCCAAGCAAAAGUGCUUCUCAGGGGCUGGGGCAUGUUGGGAGGGACCUUGGAAACA